AUGAAACUUUUAUGUUUUUUUAAAAGAUUAUUUUUAGUAAAUUUAUAUUUUAUAAAGAUGGAAAAACCAUCAAAAUACUUUAGUAAAAAUAAAAUAAAAAAGAUACGAGUGAAAUAUGAAGAGAUUCCAAAUAAUACAAUUAGUAAUGUUAAAAAAUUGCAGUUAGAAAAAAAUAUGGAGAAUUAUCAAGUUAAAGAUGAAAUUAUGAAAUCAAACAUUAAAGGAGAUAAUUCUUUAAUGAAUAUGAUGAAAUUAAAUAAAAAUAAUGAAAUAAUUCAAGAUAAUCACGUAAAAAAUUCUGAACAAGUGCAAUCAAAAAAACCAUUGAGUAAAAUUAGAGUGAAAAAGGAAUAUGGAGUAAAACGGAAAAUGUCUAAAAGUGAAAUUAACAAUGAAAAUAAUAAAAAUAUACUAUUAAAAAAUAUUGAAAAAGAUGAAAAUAUGAAUAACUAUGAUAUAAAUUUAAAAAAAGAGCAUUUUUUAUUUACAUACAAUAAAAUAAAAGAAAUGAGAAAGAAUAUUAUUGCACCUGUAGAUAAAUAUGGAUGUAAUAAGUUAAGCGAAAAAACAGAUGAUUUAAAAGUUUAUCGUUUUCAAACGUUAAUUUCUUGUUUAUUAUCAUCAAGAACAAAAGAUGAAGUAACUGCAAUGGUAAUGGAUAAAUUAAAAAAACAUGGACUAACGGUAGAAAAUAUUUUAAAUACAUCAGAAGAAUAUUUAAAAAAAUUAAUCUAUGGGAUAGGUUUUUAUAACGUAAAAGCGAAACAAAUUAUUCAAAUAUGUCAUAUUUUAAAAAAUAAAUAUAAUUCUGAUAUUCCUAAUAAUUAUGAAGAAUUAAAAAAAUUGCCAGGUGUAGGAGAAAAAAUUGCACAACUCAUUUUGCAAGCAGCCUUAGAUAAACAUGAAGGAAUAGCUGUUGAUAUACAUGUUCAUAGAAUAGCCAAUAGAUUAAAUUGGGUUAAUACGAAAAAUGAAUUAAAUACACAAAAAAAUUUAAAAAAUUAUGUCCAAAAAGAUUUAUGGUCAGAAAUAAAUACCUUAUUAGUUGGUUUUGGUCAGGUAAUUUGUAAAGGUAAAAAGCCAAUUUGUGAAAAAUGCACACUUACUAAUUAUUGUCAGUAUUAUAAAGAGAACUUAAUUAAAAAGAAAAAAUAA